CGCGUUUUGCUCGCGUCUCUACUUUGGUUCCUAACCAUCCUAGUCAUCCCCGUUUAGCCAUGGGGUCUCAAGGUGCUGCCACAACCAGGGAGACUACGACCGUACCAAAGAAGGAGGAACAAAAGCCGGACGAUGAUUUGUCGGAGGAAGAUAAACAGUUGCAGGACGAAUUAAGCCUCUGUGUUCAACGCUUAGAGGAGUCGAACAAAGAUCUUUACAUGCCUGCCUUAGAGGCCAUGCGUUCUCUCAUACGAUCUUCUACAACUUCAAUGACUUCCGUUCCAAAGCCAUUAAAGUUCAUGCGUCCUCAUUAUUCCAGGAUGAAGGAUAUCUAUUCUAAACUUACUGAUCAAAGCACCAAGAAAAUGUGUGCUGACCUUAUCUCAGUCUUAGGAAUGACGAUGACGGAUAAGGCGGAAUAUAAAUACGAUACUCUAAACUAUAGAUUGCUUGGUCUUCACGAAGAGAUAGGGGCCUGGGGACAUGAAUAUGUCAGGCAUUUGACGGGUCAAAUUGUUUCUCUCUGGAAUGAGAAAGAUUUUUCCGGAACUGCCGACAAAUCUGAAGUUGUUUCAGAGGAUUCCAAAGAUCAAAAAAAUCAAUGUAUAGCUAUGGUUCAACAAACCAUCCCUUACCUAAUGGAACAUAAUGCAGAGGCCGAAGCAAUUGAUCUAUGUAUUGAGAUUGAACAGCUAGAUUUACUUCUCAUUCAUACAACUAAGCUCAAUUAUCAACGAGUUUGCUUGUAUAUGACGAGUUGUGUUGCCUAUCUUUCUGAUCCGGAUAAUUACAAGGUUCUUUAA